CUGAUCAUCUUUGGAUCUUUAAAACCCUAAUUUACAGAGGUUGAUGUUAUAGUAACACUUUUAUUCAUUUUAGUUUUGUUCGCUUCACUGUCUGCUCCUUCUGGCACACCAAUUCAGUACAUUUUCCAGCAGAGAUCAUUGUGGAAUCAUAGGUUGGGAGGAUGACAACUCGAAUUUAUUGCUCAAUGAUUGCUGUUGCGUUGUGUCUGUUUGGUUACCUGAGCAUAACAGAUGCUACUCUAGGUUUGGGAUGUCUUGGGAAGCUGACGGGUUUGCUGUCCCAUCGAGGAUUUCCUUCUGAUCGAGACUGCUCUGGAGGAAUCAAAUGUUCUCAAUUUCACUUGAAGCCAGGUCAGUGUCCCGACCCGAAGAACAUUCCACUGUUUGCUGAAAGCUGUGUCCGUGAUGGCCAGUGCCCUGCCACACAGAAAUGUUGCCCAACCACUCGUGGCCAUGCAUGCAGUGAACCAAGCGGCCAGGGUCAGGGUCAAGGAAUGGGCCAGGGUCAGGGCCAGGGCCAGGGUCAGGGCCAGGGCCAGGGUCAGGGCCAGGGCCAGGGCCAAGGAAUGGGCCAGGGCCAGGGCCAAGGAAUGGGCCAGGGUCAGGGUCAAGGAAUGGGCCAGGGUCAGGGUCAGGGUCAAGGAAUGGGCCAGGGUCAGGGUCAGGGUCAAGGAAUGGGCCAGGGUCAGGGUCAGGGUCAAGGAAUGGGCCAGGGUCAGGGUCAGGGUCAAGGAAUGGGCCAGGGUCAGGGUCAAGGAAUGGGCCAGGGUCAGGGUCAAGGAAUGGGCCAGGGUCAGGGUCAAGGAAUGGGCCAGGGCCAAGGAAUGGGCCAAGGAAUGGGCCAAGGAAUGGGCCAAGGAAUGGGCCAAGGAAUGGGCCAAGGAAUGGGCCAAGGAAUGGGCCAAGGAAUGGGCCAAGGAAUGGGCCAAGGAAUGGGCCAAGGAAUGGGCCAAGGAAUGGGCCAAGGAAUGGGCCAAGGAAUGGGCCAAGGGAGCAGUCAGGGCCACGGUCGGUGAUGUGGUCAGGGAAACUGUGGACUUUGAAACUUUCAUAUAAAUUUUGCAUAACCCCAUACUGUAGAUCUUUUCAAUUCAGUGCAUUAUUCAUAUGCCCCCCCCCCCCCCACCUUCCUUUUUUUUGCAAAAACCAUUUAGAAAGAUUCUUUCCCUCAAAUAAAGAAAAUUGCUUGAUUGAA